AUGGAGAACGUGCUCGAGUCCCCGCAACCACCUAUUAGCCUAAGGCAAUUUCUAGACGAAUAUAAAAACCAGCUAAACAGUUCAAAUGAGAACACAGACAAUAUUCCCUUUUAUUUUGCUGAGAAUUCACCGGUAUCGCCGGAUGUGGAAGCCAGCUGCUCGUUGCAAUUGCUGGCUACGUCGGACGAUAACCUGAUCAACGUAUUUGAACCGGGGAAUGAGAUGCGACGACACACCAGGCCAAAGCCACAAGCAGAUGACAAUGUGCCCAAGACCUACACGGCAAUAAAGGAGCAUAAGGAUUAUAAACCUGGCAAUCCGUUUGCACGCACACAAUACAGUUACCGUUUGAUUUCCGAAUCGCUGACCAGCGGUGAUCUAAAACCAAUGUGGUCCCUCCAGCAAUUCGAUCUGGCGAUAACAGUGCGCUUCUAUCGACCGCCACGUGCUUCGCAUCGGAACUACAAACUGGAGCGUCCAAUGUUUGCUGAGGAAUUCGUGUGCCUGGGCAGCAACUAUCUGACCGAGCUGCGUGACAAAAUCUCCUGCAUUUGCAACGGCAAACGGUUUGUGGAUAUUAGCGAGGAUCCGGAGGCGCCGCUGCCUGUGCUUGAUACAAAUCCCGGCUAUUUCUUUAUCAAUGACACAUUCUACAAUGAUACACGCAAUCCAAAUAAUUGCGACUACUCAAAAACGGUGCUCCAAUGGGCGCGCACAGCAAGUGGUUUCCAGGACGAAGGACUCAAGGUUGCAGCGAUGGAAAGUACACGGUUUCUGGAUCUCACCGUACGACUGGGCGCACCAUUGCAAUAUCUGCAUCAUGGCAAUUGCGAGCAUCUGUUUGUGUUCUCCCAGGUGGAGGUCGUCUGGCCUCAUAUCCUGUGCAGCAGCUCGUAUCCCUAUCUACGCGCCUUCAACCCUUUCAAUGGACGAGCGUGCUUCAUUUGCGGUAUACGCAGCUAUCAUUUCAUUGUGGAGCAGUCCCGCAGGCAGUUGCACGAUCCGGCAUAUUUGUGUCGCAGCUGUCACUACAGCUAUAACUAUGUGGAUGGCAAAAAGGUGGGGCAGUUUAGGGCUUAUCGUAUAUAUGAUAAUUCAGAGCGGUCCGAUGAUGAGGUGGCAAAACAGCUGCAGGAGAUAUUGGACAUAAGUGAUAACGGCAAUAACGAUAGCCAUUAAUUAUAUAUAUUUUAAUUUAAUUUCGUUUUGAUAAAAUAUAUGCAAACAUAAAUGAUUCAUACUGUUCGUUAAAUAAAACGUUGCCAAUACACAAUGUAACAAUAUAUAGUUAAA